GGAAUGGGACGUGGUGCGACACCGACCGGUUGCUUUGCAUUUUGCAAAUCCAAUUGCAAACCAUCAAUGAAUUCCAUCCUUUCUCUGUUACCAUAAUUCAAUGGCACCUCUCUACCUUCCUUUCUUUCCUAAAAUUGGUGGUACAAGAGAAUCGCUGAGGACAUUAUUAGCUGAAACCAUUCGAUCAAUUAGUGUGAACAAAGAAACCUUUUGGAGGCCGAGAAUGAUAUCUUUCCGGGGAUCUCUCAGUUUUGUGCGUACUUAUCGCAUCACACCUACUGGAGCCGCGAUGGAGAAUAAAGAAUUACCUUUGAAUUACUUGAAAGACAAAAUGAUGGUUCCCAAUGCAAAUCCACCUGGAGACAAAGAUGUCAAUCUUCUAUCUCAGUUCUUCGAGAGAAGUUCAAAGCUUGUUGUAUUGACUGGAGCUGGGAUAAGCACAGAAAGUGGGAUACCUGAUUACAGAAGUCCAAACGGAGCUUAUAGUACUGGUUUCCGGCCAAUCACUCACCAGGAAUUUAUGCGGUCCAGUCGUGCCAGAAGACGGUACUGGGCUAGGAGUUUUGCUGGAUGGAGAAAAUUUACAACUGCUCAACCAGGGCCUGCACAUAUUGCAUUAGCUUCUCUCGAGAAAGCCGGGCGUGUAAAAUUUAUGAUGACUCAAAAUGUAGACCGGUUGCACCAUCGAGCUGGAAGCAAUCCUCUAGAGUUGCAUGGGACAGUAUAUGUUGUUGCUUGUACGAAUUGUGGUUUCUCUCUUUCUCGGAGCGCAUUUCAGGAUCAAGUGAAGGCUCUAAACUCAAAGUGGGCAGAAGCAAUCGAAAGUUUAGAAUAUGACAGCCGUUCGGACAAGAGCUUUGGAAUGAAGCAAAGACCUGAUGGUGAUAUUGAGAUUGAUGAAAAGUUCUGGGAGGAGGAAUUUCAUAUACCAAAUUGUGAGAAAUGUGAUGGUAUACUGAAACCUGAUGUUGUCUUUUUCGGUGAUAACGUCCCAAAGGGUAGAUCAGAUAGAGCAUUAGCAGCUGCGAAAGAAUGUGAUGCUUUCCUUGUACUUGGUUCUUCAUUGAUGACCAUGUCUGCUUUCCGACUCAUAAGAGCUGCUCACGAAGCGGGUGCUGCCACAGCUAUUGUAACUAUUGGCGUGACCAGAGCUGAUGAUUUCGUUCCUUUGAAAAUUAAUUCCAGACUCGGAGAGAUAUUACCAAGAUUGCUCUCAGUUGGAUCCCUUGGUGUUCCUGUUGUCUAGAGCACGCAGCUAAACCAAUGAAAGGCAGCACCCUGAGAAGGCCGGCGGUGAUAUUUGGCAGCAGGAGGCGUCGAGGGUACAUUCCGGUGGCGGUGGGAGUGGACGAGGAGACGAAGAGGUUCAUGGUCCACACAAGAGCUUUGUCGAAUGCGGAAUUCUUGCAGUUUCUGCGGAUGUCGGCGGAGGAAUAUGGAUUCUGCAACCAAGGUAUUCUGAGGAUUCAGUAUGAUGCCAAAGCCUUUGAAGAAUGGCUCACAACAACUGCCAAACAUAGGGAUCUUAGGAUUCAGCCCACACCAUCACCUAGCUAAUGGAGUACUAUAUAUUAGUAUCUUGUAUAUAUAUGUGUAUACUUGUUCAUGUUGUGUAUUGAAUGUUUAUUGAAAAUUGAAAGGAAAUGCAAGAGACUCAUUUCUUGA